AACUGUCUUUAAUCAAUAGUACCAACGUCAUUCUGAGCCCACGUAACUUUAACGAAUGACCCAAGAAACAAUAGCCAAGUUUUGGAUUGCCACCCAAUCCGAACUUCAAGAUGUUCUACUGCACGAGCAACUGGUUCAGCGGUUCGAGCCAACCAGAGACAAACAGAUCGUGCACGAAAUAUUAUCCGAACUGUACUGCCGAUAUGUUCCGCUCUGUCGAAUGCUUGAUCGUUGCUACGAUCAAACACUGCAGGUUCAAAAACGUGAGGUCAUCCAACGCCUGGCCCUAACGGCCAACCAACGAAUGCUGGAGCUGCAGCAGAAGGUGAAACAGAUGGAACUCAGUGAGUUCACCUACGUUGACGGAGCACUCCGAGAGCUACACCUGAUUCCGGAAGAUGUACAGCCGCUGCGGCCUUGUUACUUCCCAAUGGAACGAUCUGCACAGUGCUCUGAAUUAAUUGCCACCUCCAGCAAAGCGAUGGAACCUUUAACUAGUAGCAGUUCAAGCGAAGGACUGGGCAGUAGUUCCGAAAGCGAGGAUGAACCUCCGCCGGAUCCAAGACGACCGAUUGUCAAACGCGACCGAGCCAAAGAAAAACGAGUUGCCGCAUUGAAUCUAAUUCUUGCCCAUGAGAAAGCACGGCGUGCUCGAAUCUUGCAGGUAAACUUCCGUUUGCAUCCAAAAUUGUUCUAUCCAAGGCCGAGGGAGGACUCGAUUCAAGACGUCCCAUAUGAGUUUUACCACAAACCGAACCAAUUUAUGUUGAUACCGGUAAAGCGUACUGUGUACGACUGGGAUUACUAUGUCAAAAAGAAAGACGUCGUGGCGUUCCCAUACUAUAGGCCACCUGGAUGGGUUGAAGAGAUUAAGCCGCAGGAAGUUUUGGAAAAGGUCGAAAUUAUAGAACCGAUUAAAGUGGAAGUGAAACAGGAAAUAAUUGAAGAUAAUACAGACGAAUUGGUUGAAAGAAUGAUUCAAAUACGGUCAGCUCGCAAGAUUCAGAAAUACUGGAGAAAUUACCAAGAACGAAAGCAGUUAUUACGCGAACGAUACAACCGAUCCGUAGUUUUGGGAAUGAUCGAUGAAGAGGAGCGAGGUCCGAAUUUGAACAGCAGAAUUGAACAAGCCGAAGCAGAGCGGAGAAAACGCAAACCCGAGUUCGACGAAGCCUUUCUGCAAGCUAUAGAUGACGAAAAAACACGAAUUUUGCAACAACGUGGUCCUUGGAUCAUGGAGGACAUUUCCGAUCAUGUACGCGCUUGGUUCAGAGAGUUCUACGAUCGAGCACAUGCCUUCGAUCGAUAUCCGGAAAUUUGGGAGGGAGGAACCCUGUUGGUAAUCAAAGGGGAAACAUUAACCCCGGAAGAGUACAUGGAGGUGCAAAGGAAGAAAGCACUAGAAAAAUUGAAAAGCGUCGAACAGAAGAAAAAAGAGGCCGAACUCCGAAAAAAGGCGAAGGAAUUGGCGAAAGAAAAGAAAAAGGAAGCCAAAGAGAAGCUCAGGGAACAGAGGCGCGAGGAGAAGGAACUGGAAAAGAAACAGGGGAAAACCUAUGACUUUAAGAAACCGGAGUUUGCUACAAAUGCGUAUAUUACAAUCGAAGAAACUAUAGAGCGUUACGAAAAGGAUUGGUAUUUUAUCGACGAAAUGGAAAACGAAGAGGAGUUACCAAUCAUGGAGUGGAUAACGCUGGACAAGUUUGCAGAAGUUCAUCAAGAAUUACGCCCAAUAGUGGAUGAAGUGCUUCGCGGAGAACGAGAACUUUUACAAAAAGCUUUAUGUAAGGACAGUAAGAAGAAAUACAAAGCAGCCAAGCCCAAAAAGGAGAGAAGAAAACGUGCAGGAAAGAAGGGCAAGAAAAAGAAGAAAGAGGCUCCUGAUUUGACUGCUGAUCGUACGGUAGAUUCGCUGUUCGAGGAGCUGAUCGAUAAAAACAUAAUCCGAGCGUACAAGAAAAGGAAGAUUGACGAUUACAUCGGUGAUUACAACUACGGAGCUUUUGAGAAGAGGAAUUAUCUGCUCGAAGAUCCACCGGCUGCGAUGGGUGAAGUGAGGAAUAUCAUCAAAACGUGGCUAUUUGGCAUGGGUCCUCUGGAUCUGCAGAAGCCCAAGUCAUUCUGUCUGCUGGGACCCUCAGGGUAUGGAAAGACCAUGUUGGUAGAGGCCAUAAGCAAUGAAACGGAUGCAGUUCUUUUUGACCUUAGCGUAAAAACAGUUGCUCCUAUACCAUCAAACCAGAUCCCCCUUUUGUUACACAUGGUUCUUAAGAUGGGUCGUAUUCUACAACCAACCGUCAUAUGCAUAGACGAAGCGCACAAACUGUUCUACAAGAAGAUCCCUGCCGACGAGCAAUCUCUAGAUCCCACGAAGUUGGGGAAAGUUCUAUUUAAGCAGGUUGUUAAAAAAAUCAAAAAGGACGAAAAGAUUCUGCUGGUUGGUACAUCGAGUCAACCGUGGAUGGCGAAGGCAGGGAAGUUCAAGAAGUGCUUUGAGAAAUUUCUGUUGAUUCCGAAAACCGACUACGGAUCAACGCAGCUACUAUGGAGACACGCUCUAAGCCAGAAGGUCGGAGUUGGCAAGGAUUUUGACAUUUCACCUCUCUCGUUGGUAACCAGAGGAUAUUCGCCAGGACAGAUACUCAGCUGCGUGCAUCAAACCUUAGGACUGAGGAGGAGAAUGAGGUUUAUUCGAGCUCAUUAGCACUAAUAGGAACAGGCUUUUGCUGGCCAGCUGGCACGUGGUUCCAACGACGGAAGAGUUUCGAUGUCGUCGUUGUCGGAGCUUUUCGGUUUUGGUUCCAAUCGCCGUAUUCUAGAGCGGCCGCACAGCAGGGUUUCGACGGGUAUAUUUGCGCCCCGGACCCGAAGGUGGUGGUCAGGCUGCUUGCCACCUAGCGACGACCGAGUGCCGUGACAGUACGGAUAGCGUGCCUCCAGCACAAACACCCACGUUGAAUGGGUUGGCACCUGUUCAACGUAACUUAUGUCAUGCUCGA